UCCGCUACGACGAAAACGACCCGCUCAUUCCGAAGAGCGACCCGAUGGAGACGCGCCUGCAGGAAAUGCUGCGCUACAACAUGGACAAGUACGCCAACCAGAGCCUGGACACGCUGCAGCUCUCGCGGCGCGUGCGCGAGCUGCUCAGCAUCAACAACAUCGGCCAGCGUAUGUUCGCGCGCUACAUCCUCGGCCUGUCCCAGGGCACAGUCAGCGAGCUGCUGAGCAAGCCCAAGACCUGGGAGAAGCUGACGGAGAAGGGGCGCGACAGCUACCGCAAGAUGCACGCCUGGGCCGUUGACGACGCGGCUGUGUGCCUGCUCAAGGCUGUCAUACCGAAGCGAGGCAAGGAGGCCAGCCGGCCGACACUCCAGAGUCGGCCGGAAGAGGCGGCGUCUGACGAGCGCAUCGCUCACAUCCUGACCGAGGCGUCUCAGGCCAUGAAGAACGGGCCGGCGCCGGCGGCGGCCGCCGAACAGCCGCCCACCCCCGAGGCCCGCAGCCCCUCACGCCAGUCUCCUCUGGCGGAAGCGCGGCACCCGUUCCAGCCUCUGCGACAGCUCGUCGGCCCUGGCGGCUCUGACGAGAUGGCCCAGGAGAAGAUCGCCCGGCUCUAUCGUGACCACCUGGCCAAAAUGAUGAGCCAGAGACCCGACCUGGGGCCGGGCUUCCCGCUGGACCAGUACCAGCGCAUGCGCUCGCCGGAGGAGCUGCGUCUCGCCAUGGACCUCUACAACCAGGAGCUGGUGCGGCACAUCCAGCGACAGCCGGCGCCGAACGGCACCGUGACGUCAGCCAGUCCCCUGCAGCGCAUGGCGAGUAUCACCAACUCGCUGAUCAGCAGCGCCAGCCUGCCGCCGUUACCUGCGCAGCCGCAACGACCGGCCAAGGCUGUGCUGCCGCCCAUCACGCAGCAGCAGUUCGAUCAGUACAGCAACAUCAACACCGAACAGGUGGUCAAGAGGAUAAAGGAGCACCUGAGUCAAUACUCCCUCUCGCAGCGGCUGUUCGGCGAGUCGGUGCUGGGCCUCUCGCAGGGUUCCGUCUCCGACCUACUGGCGCGUCCGAAGCCCUGGCACAUGCUCACGCAGAAGGGUCGCGAGCCCUUUAUCCGCAUGAAGAUGUUCUUGGAGGACGACAGCGCCGUGCACAAGCUGGUGGCGAGUCAGUACAAGAUCGCGCCCGACAAGCUGAUGCGCACGGGAUGCUUCAACGGAGGUAAACGACCGAGCUUCGUCAAGCUGCCGACCAAGGGGCCCGAGCUGCCGCGCUCGCUCGAGUCGCCGCUGCCGCCGGUGGUGUCGCUGGCAUCGUUCCCGGGCCUGCCGCCGGCGGCGCUAGCGUCGCGGCUGGCCGGUAUGGACCCACUGAUGAAGUACGGCUUGCGUCUACCGCCGGCGCCGCUACCCAUGUCUGUGUACAAGACGGCCGCCAUCACGCCCGAACUGGACACGCUCUACAUCACCACCAAGAUCAAGGAAGUGCUGCUCGCCAACAAUAUCGGCCAGAAGUUGUUCGGCGAGGUGGUGCUGGGCCUGUCCCAGGGCUCGGUCAGUGAGCUGCUAUCCAAGCCGAAGCCAUGGCACCUGCUGAGCAUCAAGGGUCGUGAACCCUUUAUUCGCAUGAAGAUGUGGCUGGAGGACUCGCAAAAUAUCCACAAGCUGCAGCGCAUCAAGAGCGCGCGUAAGGAGAGCAACAAACGGCGACGUCCGCGCGUCGAUCCGGCCGGAGAGGGCGACAGCGCUGACGCCUAUUCCUCCAUGUCCAACAGCCCCAACUCGAAGAAAUCGCGUGUGCUCUUCACCGACGAGCAGAAGGAGGCGCUGCUGCUGGCGUUCGCGCUCGACCCAUACCCCAACAUGACGGCCGUCGAGUUCCUCUGCCAGGAGCUGGGCCUGACGCACCGCACCAUCACAAACUGGUUCCACAACCACCGCAUGCGCAUGAAGCAGCAGCCGGCGGGCGAGGGCGCGCCUCUGACGGUCGGCGGCCGCGACGCGCCGCACUUCGACCCGCUCCAGUUCAGGCUGCUGCUCCGCGGCCGCCUGCAGGAGCUGCAGCGCGAGAAGGGCCUGCCGGCGCCGCUGCCGUUCGGUGCGCUGCCCGGCGCGCUGCCCGGGGGCCUUCCCUUCCCCUACUUCGGCCUGCGCACCUCCGACGACGAGCCGGCCGGCGGCCUGGACCUGAGCAUGAAGUCGGACGACGGCGAACGCGGCAGCGACGCGUCAGGUCUUUCGUGGGUGGCCGAGCAGCGCGAGCGCCAGGUGAUCAACGGCGUGUGCGUGAUGCAGACUGAGCUGGGCACGCCGCCGAGGCCUGGCGAGCUGGAGCCGGAGCUGGCGCUGGGGGCCGAGCCGGAGCCCGAACCAGAGCCGGAGGCAGACUGCCGAUAG